UGAUUGGUUGGUGGGGGGUUGGUCCCUUCCCUGUGACCCCAAAGUGCUGAAGGGGGGCGGGGGUGGCCCUGUGCAAAGUGCACCCAGAAAGCCCCCUGCCUUGAGCCCCCUGGCUGGCACCUUCUCGCCUUCGGCACCCUCAAACCCUGCAUGAGGUGAUCUCUUCCUGCCCAGAGACCUUCCCGGUCCCCCCACAACUGCGGCGCUCCUGCCCCUGACAUCGGCAACCCACUGCCCUGAGCACCCUGACUGCAUCUCCCCCCUUUUUCCUGACCGGGACUUCCUCCCUCCCCCACCCCCUGCCUUGAGGUUCCCCUAAAUUAGGAUUCCCUCCACCCCCUCUGCUGUCUUGAUGCUCGCCGGGCUGAGACGGAGGCGCUGAGGAGAAUUGGAAACACCAAGUGAUUUGGCCCUGAGGUGAUUUUUUUUUUUUAAAUGGAGAAGUUGGUGGCCGUGGUAGCGGCUGAAAGGAGGAGAAGAAACAGCUGAGGAAAAAAAAGGUUGGCUGGAGGUCUCAAAAUAGGAAGAUUUCUCCUGCCAUUUACCCACCGAGAGGGAGUAAGAGUAGGACCAGCAUCCAGCAUCCAGUACAAAGGUAAAAGAAGCUUGUUUGCUAUGUGUUCUGGACACACAGAUUUAGCAGAAUUCCCCAAAUUGUGCCUUAUAAGCACAAUGAUCACUGGCACACAUAGCAAGAGAAGUGAAAUUCUUCAAUAAGGUGAAUCCCUAUGAUCCAAUGAAUCUUUUGUAAAAAGCCGACUCAGCUAGGAUGUUACACCACCACUGUCGAAGAAACCCUGAACUACAGGAAGAAUUGCAGAUUCAGGCAGCAGUGGCUGCUGGGGAUGUUCACACAGUUCGAAAGAUGUUAGAACAGGGCUAUUCUCCAAAUGGCAGAGAUGCUAAUGGGUGGACCCUGCUUCAUUUCUCUGCAGCAAGAGGAAAGGAAAGAUGUGUACGAGUAUUUCUUGAACAUGGAGCUGAUCCUACAGUUAAGGACUUAAUUGGAGGCUUCACUGCUCUUCAUUAUGCAGCCAUGCAUGGUCGAGCCCGGAUUGCACGCUUGAUGCUAGAAUCUGAAUACAGAAGUGACAUAAUCAAUGCAAAAAGCAAUGAUGGUUGGACUCCCCUCCAUGUAGCUGCUCACUAUGGUAGGGACUCAUUUGUCAGACUCCUGCUAGAGUUCAAGGCUGAGGUCGAUCCACUGAGUGAUAAAGGUACAACACCGCUUCAGCUAGCCAUUAUCCGAGAGAGGUCAAGCUGUGUGAAAAUCCUUCUGGAUCACAAUGCCAAUAUUGACAUUCAAAAUGGUUUCCUGUUACGAUAUGCUGUGAUCAAAAGCAAUCACUCAUAUUGCCGAAUGUUCCUUCAGAGAGGGGCAGACACAAACUUGGGUCGCUUAGAAGAUGGACAGACACCAUUACACUUGUCUGCCCUUAGGGAUGAUGUGCUUUGUGCCCGAAUGUUAUAUAAUUAUGGAGCGGACACUAACACAAGGAACUAUGAAGGACAGACCCCAUUGGCUGUUUCAAUAAGUAUUUCUGGAAAUAGUCGACCCUGUUUGGAUUUCUUACAAGAAGUAACAAGGCAGCCCAGAAACUUGCAGGACCUGUGCCGAAUUAAAAUUCGCCAAUGUAUAGGCCUUCAAAAUCUAAAACUACUUGAUGAACUACCAAUUGCCAAGGUCAUGAAAGACUACUUAAAACACAAAUUUGAUGAUAUCUGAUAUCAAUGGGACAUCAUGAGCAAGAUUAGGAGAUAUAUACCAGAUACUUAAAAGGCUUGUUGCCUUGCACAAAGUAUAUCCUAUGCAAUUUCUGAUUUGCUGUGAAGUCAGAAGGCAGGUAUACACUUUCGGGUUUUUUGUUUGUUUUUCACUGUAGGGGAGGGUUUUUUUUUUAUACCACAUGCUAGAAGGUCUUAAUUUUGGUUUCUUGGUCCAAGUUUAAAAGGUCCAAGCUUUCUAUACAAUAUUGCAUUUAGAAAAUUGUUGUGUUUGUUGUUAUUGUUGUUGAUUUUUUUUUUUUAAUGAAGCGUGCAGGUUUGGAAUGGAGAAUUUACCCUUUUCAGAACGUUUAUGGUUUCCAUUGGCACGCAUGGUAUUGUAAACCAGCUGAGCAGUUGUUAAGCUGAGUGAGGUUUGAAGAUAUAGUUUUAUCCAGGGGGGUCCAUGGAUAUGCUGGAAAAUGCCAUAAGAAAUUUUAAAAUAAAUACAGUCACCCCAUUCCAUUUUAAUGAAUACAAAUUGGCUGUUUUAUACAGUUCUUUUCCUAAUUGCUAUAGCUAAGAUAUCAUAAAUCUAGUACCUCGGCUUUUCUGUUAGUGUGCUCGUGUUUUUAACUUUGUUUUUUUAAUAACAGUAGUACACUACACAGAGACAUUGUGUCUCAUUUUCUCUUUGUCUCUAGUUGAAUAUGUUCUUUAAAAAAAAAGUUAAUGGAAAAGAAAAUAACUUUAUAAAGCUAAUCUAUUCUGUUUCUAAAACAGUGCCUCCGGUGCAAUAACCUUUCUGGUGUAUUUUAUACAUUGUUUUAUUUAAUGUUCAUCAUUCCAUAGCCAGCUUAGAUAUGUCCAUGAAAGUAGGAAUUGACUGCCACUUUAAUUUUCUAUUGACAUACCAUAAUACAUAAUUUGAAGUUUGAUUUUAACAUCGCUCCUGAAAACAUAAUUUUAUUUUACUCCAAGCAUAGAUUUCACACUCAUUUUGGUAGGUCUCUUUAAAAAAGAAGUCUAGAAUUUGAUGAAAACAUUUUGCUUUAAUGCAGUUAAAUAAUUUGGUGUGGUUUCAAUUUUUUUCCAAUUAAAGUAUAAUAAAAUGUCUGUGGGGUACAUAUUUAGUAAAUUCACAUAAUUCAUUAUACAGUAACAAAAUUUCCCCUAUAUUUUGAAAAUUAUUAUACGGAAUGAUUUUAUUUUCUAAGUUGACCGGGCACGUAUUUGCACUGUAAACAUGAUAAGACAUGAUUAAGUGUCUUAACAAUUGACAAUAUUUCUGGGACCCAUAAAGAUCUGAGAUGAUGCCUUUGGAAAUGUUUUCUGCACAUGCUUUGGCAUCAUAUUAGCUUCAGAAUGUCAUUGUUCUUAAUGUUUUUGUAGACUUUUCACAAUUUUAGGUACUGGUAAUGAGUUUGUUAUCAGAAACUUAGGUGCUGAAACAAUUAUUAUUUUCUGUAUUGCUAGUUUCAGAUCAGAAAAUGUGAGGGAAAUGGUUUAAUUGAAAAAUGUAGCUAAAUUCAGAAUUAGGCCUCCACUUUGGCUUUAUCUCUCUAGAGCCAGAAGUAGUAGCUUAAGCACAAAGCUUAAUGUUAGUGUGAAUGCACAAUAUCCAAUGGCAGUGAGGAUUAUUUUACUCUGUUGUGCCUAGGCAGUGAGCAGGUUUUCAAAAAUGGAGACCUAAAGAAAAAAAUAUAUAUUGCUCAUAUGAUACAUAAAGCUUUUCAAUUUCAAGACACCAGUUAGAAAGUGGCCUAACUCAGUAAUGACUGAAGUUAUUAUAACUUGGGCAUAGUGGGAUUUGAGUUGGUCUGUGCUUUUUGUAUGCCUCCCAAAAGUGGUCUCCAAAGAGGAGCCAUGUAAUGAAUAAAGGGGGAGUCUGAAUUUAACUGCCUUCUCAUUCCAUUAGGUGAUUCCCAGGUCAGGGUGGAUCAAUAGGGGUCAAAUAGGGACACUUGCAUUGUCUGAGUCCACCUGGUUCCUCUCCAUGUAUGUCACAAUGUCUAGUCCUAUAAUGUGAGGAAAUUGCAGCACCUAGGUAUGAUGAGGUCAGGGUAGGAUGGCGUGGGAGCCUUGCACUCUUUAAUUUCUUGGCAUUCCAGAACAGUAGUGUUAGUUAUCUUAAACAUAAGAUUCACCCCCCCCCAUAAUUGUUAAUUUAUUAAUUUAGUUUAAAACUUUUUUCCCCCAUUUUCAUUCAAAAGUUACAUCAGUAUUUUCUAAACUGAUUUAGCCACUGAGUUUUAGUCAGGGAGUUCCAGAUAAACAAAUCAGAUUAAGGUAAAUUCUUUGUUCUAUGUUGCUGCUGUGACUUCAGAAAAAUUAUGAGAGAUCUUCCUGGAAAUGAAAUUUCUAUUUAAUGAAGAAUUGUAUAAUUCCAUUAUUUAUUGUUUAAAGUUUGAUUAUACUGGUAACUUAAAAAGAAUACUUUAUUUUGUUGUUGUUAAUAAAAUCCCAAUCAUAUAUCACAUUUAACAGUAUCUAAAAUUUAUCUAGGUAAUUGGACAAAUUUAUUGAUUAAAAUGCUAGUUUGUAUUUGAAUUUGAUUUACAUGGAGCCAUUCUGUUGUCACAAUUUGGAUAGAAAGAACAAGGAUUUUUAGAAAAAAAAAAAACUGAUUUGAUUAUACCAGAAAAUCUUGACUACAAAAAGUUGAGAUCAUAUUAUAAUUUUCACUGAUCCUCAUAGUUUUCUCUUAAACUACUUUAUUUAACUUAUUACUAAACCUUUAAAAAAUAUAUUUGGCAAAUACACCAAAGACGCAGACGAGUAAAAGAUUAUGAUCAUUAAUGAACUGCAAACCUCAUCCUUUAAAACUAAGCAGAGUGUUUUGUAAAUAUUUGUGUUUAUAAAUGUACAGCAGAGUAAGAGUGUUUUUUAGAUUAUUUAAUUCCCAUAUUUCUAAACUAUUUACUACGUUAUAGUCCAUACUCGUUAGUUUGAAAGGCUUUUGACUGUUUUGGUUUUUAAUUCAUUAUCACUCAUGCUUGGAACAGCACUUCAGCUAAAGAAUUUAGUGUUCUGGCUAGAGUUGGCAGUAGCAGAAGUGCACAUCUGGACAAAGAGGAGCAUGAUUCAUUUCUCAUACACACCCUGAAAGAGAAGAGAAUGUGUAGUUUGAUUACCAGAGUGGACCAUGAAGAAAUUGAAAUCCUAACUUUUCUGCAGAGUUGCUCACUAGCCCAAAAUGUGAUUGGGAUAAGAACAACUUCCAAUUUGCCCACAAAUUUAGCUUCCAUGUAACUCCUUGUGUGUUAUAUCAUAAUGUAUUUUGUUCUUCCUUUGUAAUGUAAGUUUUGUUUGGGUCAAUUUGAAUUUAAAAAAAAAACUUUAAACCUGGUUUAAAAAAUAUUGGAGCCUUGUCCUGUUUAUUUCUAGUUUGUUUUAACUUUUUUAUUUCUAGCUGUUUUAUGAAGAAAAAAGUGAACCACUUUUCAUGUAUCAGCAUUUUGACUGACCAGGAAUUAUGUAAGACCAGGAUAUUAAAAGCCACUGCUAAUGUAGAUAAAGUCAUCAGAUAUUAGUCUUGUUCAAGUGAACUUCGUCAUCCAGCCAUGACUCUCAAAACCAAAAAUAUGCAAUCUCCAAAAGUCAAAACACAUUCAUAUCCUUAACCAAAAGCUGACUCGGCAUCAAACUUUUGGGGGAAAAUUCAACCACUGGUUUUGUGUGCCAUUCAGAAAGGGGAUGAAGUUUGGCUCACACAUUGCUUAACAUACAAAAAGGUAUAUUAAGACAAGUUAAUUAGUUUGAGGUAGUUUAAUAGGCCUCAAGGAGAACGAAGCGAAAUGGCUCUUUGAACUCAUACAAACCACAUAGUAUGGCCAGAUUAAUAUAGGGGAGGGAGGUAGAUGAAAAUCUAGCCAUUGAUUCACCACCUCCUUAAAAAGGAAAUUCUAUAUAAUAUAUCAGCUUAAAAAAUUAAAAAACAAAACAAAACACCUUAGUGCAAACUUACUCAAUGCCUGGCUUAUUGAAGGCUAUGAAUGUGUAUUUGAAGCUAAGUCUGAAGAUCAACAGGUGGGUCAAAUUUGGAAAAUUACUGAGUUGUUUGGAAAUCUAAUUUAAGUCGUAUUCAUAUGUUAUGUAAGUACCCUAUUUGUUUUUUCAGCUGAAAGAUGUUUUAUAAAAAUGUUUUGAUAGCUAUUGACUUAAGAGAUUAUCUAUUUGAUAAAAACAUUUGCAAGUCCCAUGCAGUUGGAUGUUGAAGACAAUUCUACCCUGUUUGGUUAAACUCAAUAUAUAGAAGAUGUUCUUUAGUCAUUUGAGUAUAAGGAAAGAAGUUAUGUAGUUUUAAAAUCUGGUUUUCGUCAUCACUAGUAAAGAUUUUAAACUCUUAUUUUCAGAAAUUUUGAACUUCAGAACUAAGUGAUAAACAUGGAUACCUGAAAAGUCACCUAAGUUGUUACCUGUGUGCUAAGGGUAGCUUGAGUUUUGAGGUUUUUUUUUAAUAUAUGUAUUUACCAGAUCUUGGCAUAUUUUACAAAUGUUCUUUUACCUUCUAGAAAUACUGUUGAUACAUGAACAAUUUUUACUGUUUUAACUUGAGGCAGAUUUUGAGAAAUUUAUCCAUUGGAUAAAUGGCAAGGUAAAGAGAGUAGUAGCCUAAAAAUAAUACCUUGGAUUCCUUUUUUCUGCAGUCCUUGGUUUUCUUUCUUGACUUGUUGCUCUCUGAAAUGGUGUCUUGCACAUAGUAGAUGCUCAAUAAAUAAUUUUUAAUAGACUGUAAAUGUGCCCUGUUCACAUAUCUGUGCUAUUUCAAUUCAGUACCAAAGAGGUAAGUUAUUAAUGAAUAUAGGAAAUUUAUAAUACAUUUCAA